AUGUCGGGGAAGCGCGGGGAAGCAAGAGCAGUGGAUGACGAGGGUGACUUCCUGUGUGAGGACGUGGCAGGACGAGCGAAGGAAACGAUAGUUCGCUGCGGGUUGCUGGGUGACUCGGUAGUGAACGCGCUGAAAGGAGCAAGGGUGACAUACAAGGAGAGCAACAACCCCUACCUGGAUGUGGUCCUGCCUGGAGACCUGGCAUGCAUGUACGUGCCAGCUAGACAGCUUGAGAGCUUCGACAGGAUGAUGCAGCAAGAGCUACAGAACCCCGUCUGGUUCAGCCACCAGGGGAAGGGAAACGAGAACGUUGGCAAAGAAACCGCGACAAGCAACCCUGGGUUGGAGAGGAGCCUCAAGGGGAGGGUGGACGAGAUAAGGAGGUCUGCUGUGUUUCCUCACUGUCUGUGGUCUUACUGUGAGCAAAGGCACAAGUCGGCAGCGAUUUGUAUCGAGAAGAGCAAGUCGGUCGACACCAGCUCAACCAUUUCAAAGGCGCAGUAUUUGUUUGUGGUCAAGCACGACAUACAAGUCAUUCCGGUCUGUCAUGCUCUCAUGUGCCCUUUGCUUCCUUACUACCUGCUUGUCGCUCCGCCCAUCAGGGCGUCAGAGCUGGUCCUACAACUUCCAGGAAUGCAGAAACCGGCGAGCGACAAGGUGUUGAAGCACUUUCGGAGGCUCGGAGCGUUCUUCUGUGCGGAGCAAGAGGAGAUAGAGAAGGUCGUGGGAGAUCGGGACGAGGCGACGAGGCUUCAUCGUCUCUUCCGAUGCAGCAGAGGGCAUCACAAUUACGCAAUCAAGUGUGCCAAGAAAGCCAACGCAGCGGCGAGGAUGUUUCGAUAG